CCGGUAUGCGAAGCAAGUAAGCAUGGAGCGCCGCCAUUGAUGCGCCUAGUGACAUGCGCGGGAAGCUGAAAACGGUUGGCACCAGUGGCGUCUCGCGGGGCACGGCUCGGUGAGGAUCGGCCGCUCAGUCAAGAAACUCGGUUGCAUCGAAUCACUACUAGCGAGGUUAAAAUCGUACGAGCCAGGAGCGUGCUGCUCUCCUCCUCCUAUCGGCUCUGCCUGUACGGCAGUGGCUCAGUGCCGUCUCUUGUGUGUCGGUCUAUCUUCCGGGUGCUAGAAUAAGUGCAUUAAUUCUCAUUUUUGGAUCGAAGUGUUCCGUGGUUCUCGCAGUUAAAGGACGAGCAGGCGGAACGGGGACGGCGAAGGAAUUAUUCAGUUUUUUCUUUGCCCUCUGUGAAUUACGGACGCGCACGGCUCCUGGACUCUCCGUUUCGUCGUCCACUGCCAAAAACGGGCAAGGCUGGUGACAGUGAUGAGUGUUUCGUUACUUGUGUUCAUCGUGGCCGUUGUACAAAGCUUACGUGACUGUGACCGUGACUGCUGUGCCGCCACCAGCGUGAUGUACCUCACGAGCUCAGCCGCCAAGGAGAUGCUGAGGACGUGGUGUAUGGAUUCGCCUAAAUGGUGACUCUAAGGGGUUCCAUAGAAAAGCAUGAGGGAAAGAACACCCUCUGCGGACGACAACCCAAGGAGGGCUCCACCAGCACCACUCAGAGAAGCAGCCCCAGCGGACGUGACUGGUAGCAAGACGAGCAGCGAGCCGGUCGAGGUCCGUCGCGGCCCAAAUUUCUCCCCGGCAACGACGGCGUCCUCGACGUCAGCGUCGUCCCCGUCGCCUUGCGUGGACGCAAGGAUGGUCGCCUCGACGCACAAUCUAGACGAGCUGACCGUGAGCCAUCCGACCAGCGCGAACAGCGACCGACAGCAACAGCAGGAGAAGCACGGACCGGCGUACAGAUCGGCGCAGACCGCUCAGGACAAGCGGAGCAGGCUCAGCAACGUGAUAAACAAUCUGAGGAAGAAGGUUCCGGACUCCAGGAAUGGUGAUUCCCCGAGGAAGGAGGAGGACGACAGAAACAGCGUGGAGAGAAACCUGGAAACGCUGGAGAAGUACGUGAUGACUGUGCUGAACGGGGUGAUCAAGGACGAAGAGGAGGAAGACGGUGAGGUGGGCAGGAAGAAGGAUGAGAAGGGGAAGGAUCCUGAGAAGUUGACCGAGGAACAAGAGGACGAGGACUCGAAGGGUCCAGCAGCUAAGUUCGAACCUUCCAAGCCCAACGAGAGCAGGACAGAGGCUGCUGUCUUCUCCUCCAAGCAGCCUGAGAAGCCAGAGCCUAAGGAACCCUUGGGGCAUCGGAAACCGGAGCCUAGAGAAUCAGACGUUCUCCAGAAGGAAGAGAAAAUCAGUUCUCUAUCGAAGGAACCGACCGAUGGCUUCAGAGAGGAGAACCAGGCCCUUAAAGUGGAGGCUGCCAACGAGGACAAAUGUUCUUCCAGAGAAACGAAGCCUGAGGAUGAUUCUGUCCAAGAAUCGACGAGAACCGAUGCUCAGGAAGAGGAGAGGAAGGAAAAUCGUUCAUUAGGAACGAUCAUCAUGGAGAGGCUCAAUGAGCAUCAGACUGAAGACAAGGGCAGUAUCGAAGCUGCUAAGGAGCAGGCUCGAGAGUUCGUUCCCGAGAACGUGGAGCUCAGGAACGUAUGCAGAGAUCUACUGAACGAUCUGUUAAACGGUAUCAAUCAGUUGAUCGACGAGAACAGUCAGGCGACAGAGGAUAGUAGACCAGUGGAUGGCUCUGUCGAGGAAUCCAAGGACUCCAGGAGUCCUGAUCUCUCCACGACCAGCCUGCACUGUAGCUUACCUCUGGACAAAGUGGCAUCGGUGCUACAGAAUUGUCAGAGCAACGAAUUGGUCGCCCCUCAAUCGCCUUCGUCCUCCUCCUCGUCCUCUUCGUCCCAAGGUUCGAAGUCUCCUAGCAAACCCACGUCCCCUACGGUGAGGCACUUGUGCCUCUACUGCGACAGGAAGUUCCUGUCGAUAUCCCUCAGGCAACGGCACACCGAGAGGGUCCACCAGCAAGGCGGUGGCAGAAGGUCGGAGAGAAACUCGAGGAGACCCUCGCAGAACUGUCAGUACUGCUCGGACAAGUGCGCGGAGAGCUUGGAGAGUUUGUUCCAGCACAUGAUCGGCACACACGGGGACAAGUAUUACGCCUGCGCGCAGUGCUCCACGAGGUACCUGACCAGGGAGGCUCUGGCCGGGCACAUGAGCGAGAACCACGCGGACAGGAACCUUCAGAUUCAGGAGAAGACGAAGGAGCCCGCGAGCUCGCCCUGCAAGGAGCUAGGUAACCAAAGCCCCCGCGACAGGCCAGACCCACUGAGCCCCAAAGAAAGAAGGUCGGACGAGUCCGAUCACGAGCACCGUGCCGAAUCUAUCCUCCUGAAACCAAUGAUUUCCAUGAAGGAUAACUUCAGCAACCCGGGUAGUCCGGAGUUCGACAGUUCCUUCUACAGCAGCGUCAGUUGCAACAUCCGGGAGAAUCUUCUGCAUCACCUGGACGGCAAGCUUCAGAGCUCUUCCUCGGCUGUAGCGACCACCUCCUUAAUCGUCGACUCUAAGCUCCAGCUCCAGCAACAGCAGACUUACUACGAGCACAGCGCCAACCAGAUCCAGUUCCCCAUAGAUAUUUCUUUAACAGCCGCGACACCAGUCUACUCGAAAGACUACGCCAACGAGGAGUACGAGAACAACAGCGAAUACGCUCAGAAACCUGGCAAAAGGAACCGAUCCCAUCCUCGAAGAGUGUCCUUCGAGAAGUAUAAUUUUCCAAGGAAGUACGACGGGAAGGAACAGUGGACCUGUUCCAUCAAGGAUCUCAGCAAGUUCGAUAUCUCCACGCAGUUGUCGCUGAGGAAGAAGCAGCAGCUGCUGAAGGAACGAUAUACGUUGAGUAGGUUGCACCAGAUCUCCCUGCUGAGUCCAUCUGGGACCACGGAUAUCGCACAGGACGAGCAAGACCUGGAGUUGAGCAGUCCUGAGGAAUCUAAGAGCGUCGAGGAGGCUUCUGGUGCAAAGGAGAAAUUGAUAGAGUCUAUGGUGGAGGGGAACGAGGCGAUAUCGCCUCGUUCCACCGAGUUUAGCUCUGAAUUUGAGAACUUCCUGAGGCUGAGGAAAUGGGACGAGAAGACAUCGAACGAGGCGGCGAAGAAGCAGGAGGUGGUGUAUGCGGAACUCACUGGAGAGUGGUCCAGACCUAGGAUCUACAUUUGUGGCGCUUGCGCUACCAGACAUGUCACUCUGAAGGAGAUGGAGGACCAUAAAGCGAUCUCUCAUCCAAACGUUUGGUGCUCUCACUUUGAGUUCUCUGGCGACCAGAGGGAGCUCUACAAGCAUCUCUUUCUACCAGGAAAAAAUAUACCAACCGCAAAAGCAAGGGCUGCCAUGUUGGCAGAGAAAGUGUGCACCAAGUGUUCAAAGAACUGCACAACAUUGUCAGAGUUGCACAGGCAUAUGUUGGAGUGCGGAGGGGACCAAGCUUGGCUUCUGGGUCUGUUUGGUAAUGGAAAGAAAAAGUGCAAGUGGAGACCGUUUGGUAGCCGCAGUAGAAGACGAAGACAACGUGGGAUGAAAAGAAAUAUUCAGAACUCGCAGACACCCAGGGUGAACACACCCAAGGAGAAGCAACCUACCGGGCCAAGAGUCAGACCCAGUGAUAGGGAAAGUAUUCAGAAAAUGCUGGCGAAUUUGCCACCCAAGAGGGCUACCAGGAAGGUGCUGCAGGAUAGUACAAUGAGGACACAGGGCAGACUGCGCAAUGUGCAAACCAGAACCAGACCACGUAUGGUCGGCGACAAUUCCACUGCGUCGCGAAUGUCUCGUAACAAGGCUGUGCUGAGGAACAAAUUGCUGAAGAACGCGAAGUCGAUCCAGCGGAAUCGUUGCCGGAUCGACAACAUAUCAGCGGUGAUCGAGAGCGUCGUGAGGAACUACCAUCCGGACAAAACGUCGGACGACGACAAGGACGCCGUCGACGGGUACAUUGACAAAGAAACCAAAGAGAAAUCGAUCGACGAAUUAAAUGCUGAAUUGGUGAACGAGAAGAGCAACAGGACCAAGGUUGGCAGGGGUCCCAGGGUGCUGGGGAAAAGGAGGAACGUUAGAACGAAGGAUGGAGGAACGAGAGGGUUGGACCAGCCGAGGAAGGGUAACCUGAAGGCAAGAGCCAGGGGGAUGCUGAAGAAUCCUUUGGAGCCAAAAGCAGAAGGCUCUAGCGAGUCUCUGAAAGCUCCUAAAGGUGUCAGAGUGUCCCCCAAGAACGUUGAAAAGGAGGCUGAGCUAGUCGGGCCAGAAACUAGUCCAGUGGAGGCUAAGUCUCCUAAUUUCUUAUCGAAGAACAAGUCUUCUACGCAAACCACGCCCAAGAGAAAACGACCGGUUGAUCCCGUGGCCUCUCUGAAUGCCUCCAUCAAGGCGAAAUCGCAGUUGAGAACGCAGGACGGGAAAUUUGCCAAGAAUCCUAAUAAGGACCCCUUUAGCCCUGUUAAGUCCUCGGAGAACAAGUCACCUGUCUUUGGACGGCAGCUGUCGAAGGAAAGGAUCAACGAGAUCAGUCCGGAGACGUCUGUCACUAGGUCCAAGCUGAGGACAGUGUCGAGGAACAGGAACAACGAUCAGCCACCGAAGAGGACCACCAGGUUGUCUUCGGACAGCGACAAGAUGCCCACCUUGGAGCCUGUUGUUCAAAUUCCCACCAAUAGCGAGGACUACACUGAAGCGAUCGCCAAUGAUCUGCCUAUCUUGUCUCCAGUCACUCCAUCCUCCAGUCUAGAGAAGGCAUCCCGUGGUAAAAACCUUAUUGGCAAGGUAGGAGCGAGGAAAACGAUGGAGGGCGAGAAUACAGAGGCUGGGGAGGCUGUCCAAGUGGAGGAGAGAGAUCAGAAGCAGAGGGGCAGGAGAGCAAAGAGUGACCUGAGGAACUUGGAGAAGAAUAUGGCUGGUAAGGCUGAAGGAGGCAAAGUUAAAGAGAAGAUGAAGAGGAAAAGUGCUCCUGCUAGAAUGUUAAACGUGGAGGAGAAGAAAACUGUAAAAAAUAUUGAAGAGACGAGCCUGAAGAAGGAAUUGAAGCAGAAGAAAGAGGAAGGAACAAGGACACUGGAUACCAGAAGCAACUGGAAGACAAGAACGUUCGAUGAGGAGCCAAUAAAGCUGGAAAAUGUUCCUUUCGAGGUGAAGAAACUGAUCGGAGCAGAUAACAAAGAUGAUUUAAUGAAUAAAUUAGUCCUCACCUCUUUGACCUCCACCUCCAAACGGUGUUUGAGGCAAUCUAUGACCAGAGUCAAGUUUGGACAGACUAAAUGCAAGAUUCGCAAGGAUACAGAGUUGGAGAAGAAAGCAGAUUCCGGGUCGAUGUCGGAUGCUUCUACGAAGAAGGAGAAGUUCGAGGCUCGAAGGAAGUCUCUGAGAAACACCGAAAGGAAGUUCGAAAGGAGCAGGACCGUGAAGGAGGAGAAAUUCGAUCAGGCCAAUAAGAUCUGCGAAGCGGUGAACGAGGUUAAAGCAGCCAUCAGAGGUAGGAGGAGCAGUAGCUUGUCCAAUGACAGCAAAUCGACGAUGAACACCGGACAAAUGUACCCUUCGGAUAAGGCAGAGGAAUCGACAGUCCAGAACAGCGAUAGGAGGCAGACCAGGGGUUCGCUGAUGAACUCCAGCGAGGAGCAAAACGAAGUUGGCGAGGUGUCCCAGAAGAAGAUCGCUUCCACUGGAAAAAGAAGAGGACGGGUUAGAGCCAGCAUCGAGGUUUCCGAGAAGAAGAACGUUGAAGCUGAUAAGAACUCGACCGAACCCAUUGAUCAGAAUGAAACAAAGCUAAGGGAAGAGAGUAUUGUCAAAGAUAAACAGAAGGAUGAGGACGCGAUCAAGGUGCCACUGAAGUGUCCUGACGUUUCAGAAACGAACAAGAUAAAUACGAAUCGUCUUCAGGUAGAGACUAGCAAUUCUGUGGACAGUGGCAAAGAAAAUACGUUAGAGACACCAGCGCCUGUUCAGAAGCUGAAGGUCGGAAGGCCUAGGAAGUCCUGGGGAGGGAAACGCGAAAGGACUUCGAAGAGGUCCUUGAACAACGUGAUUGGUAUCCUUACAGAGGGCAUGAAUAUCCCUGCGGAGACGCAACAGAGUGUACCUUUGGCUCCCCAGCCAGCAGUGGACAUUGCGAAUCCUGAAGAAAUCUCAGGCAGCAGUGUUCAAGAAGCCAGUGAUGAUUCUAAGCCAGUAAAUGAGGAGAAAUCUGAAAAAGAUUCGCAAAAGCAAAUUACUGAAAGGACAGGUACUCCUGUUCAGAAUCCUGAAGAGGAAUCGCGCCAACCUAAAGCCUCAGAGACGUCCGAGGAGGACACUUCUGUAGAGAAUCAUAAGGAAGAUCCCUCAGAAAAUUCUAAACCUUCUAAAAGCACUAAGGAAGAGUUACCAACUGAUGAUAUAAUUUUGGACCUAUCCAGGAGGAAGCAGAAAGGUAAAGGCUCGUUCUUGGAGAAGAUUGUCUCAAAAAUAGCCAAACAGAAGGAUGCUCUAUUGGAAGGUGAGGUUGGGUCUUUAUUGGACACAGCUGCUGAUGAGUUGACGAGUAUUCUAGACGAAGUUGGACCUUCCUUGUCAGAGAUCGCUGAGAACUCGGUCGAGAAGAAUACUAGGACUGAAGCAGAGCAAAAUGUGCAUGGAUCUGAUGAGCAUUCUACUUGCAGGAACUUGGAGAACAAGGAUACUAAAGCUGAAGGUGAAGAAACAGCAUUGGAGACCACGUUGAAACAAUCUAAAGAAGAAAAGGUGAAUAAUGAAGAAAACAUUGAUAGGGAAACUUCAGUAGACAAGAAACCUUCUGAUGAUGAACUUAGGCCUGAAGAGAAGAAUACUGAAAGUUCUCCAGACACAAACAAGGAGGUAAUUAAUAGCAAAGAAAUAGAGCCACAAAUCACUCCAGAAGAAGAAUGUAAAGCUGAAAUAUUUAAAGAAGAUCCUAACAAAGACACCAAAAUCUCAUUAAAGCCUGAAGAGUCUGAGAAAUUAAGUGUAAGUGAUCAGCAAAGUUCUAACGAGAAGGUAUCCAAGACCCACAAGCAUCCCAACAAAGAGGGUCAUCGAAGGCCCAGAGGCAGAAAGCCUGCUGCGAAGAACAAGACUGUUGAUUUGAUCAAUGACAGUGAAGAAAGCGAGGAAGAGGAUAAAAUCGAGUUACAGAACAAGAGUAAAAUAGUAAAGAGCGUGUUUGGUCGAGUUUUUGGGGGUGAAAAGACGGAGAAAGUGAAGGAGCCGUUGAACGAUUGGGUGUCCAAGUCAAAAGAAGACUCAGACUUAUCAAGAGCUAAUUUUGUAUCCACUAGUUCCAGUGUAACGAAUGCUGAAGCAACCUCAGAGGCGAGGAACGAGGAAAAGAACUUGAAGAAACAUUCGGUCACACCAUCUGUACCUUCUACCACUAGAAAGAAACCUGGAAGGAAGCCCAAAGAUAGCUCUUCAUCUGACAAAAUCACCCAGGAAUUUUCCAGUUCUUAUUUCGUGCCUGUGCCACCGAACAAGAGCAGGCACUGCAAGAAGAUAGCUGAAGAGAGGAUCUUCAGGUCUUUCUUCCUAGGGAUAGAGCAGAAGAAAACUAACUAUGGAUUGAGAAAUCAAAGUAAGUCUGACUUGAGCAUCAAGGAUAGUGAUUAUGGAUCCUUCAGCAAUGAUGAAGACUUCUGCAAGAUGGUUUCCUUGGAGGAUACUCUGCAAGAGGAUGCUGAUCCUAAAAGCAGAGAUGCUAAAACUGAGGAUGAGGCGAUGACUUCAGAGGGUCUUUCCAAGGAAAUUUGCAACGAGACAAAGAGUUCUCAUAAGGAAUUAGCAGAAGAUCCCAGCAGUAAGCAGGAACUUGGGCCCAGUCAGUUAAAUCCUCAAUAUGAAGAAGAUGCUUUCUUCAAGGAACAGAAAGAAUCAACUAUCUGUGAUCCAGAAAUUGGGAAAGAAUUUUCCUGUACAGAACCCAGUCCUGUUUCGAACGAAGCCCAAUUAUUAACUGUUCAGAAUAUUUCAGAAGAGAAGAAGAACCAGGAAGCUGUAUCUGAGGAGACAAAAAUCAAAAGGAAAUCGAAGAAGCGAUCGCUGGAAGGAAACUCCCCGAAGAAGAACAAAAGAAAGUCUGUAGAACCUGUGGACAAUUCUGAAGAGAACUUGAUCCCUGAUGAAUUGGAUCUGGCUGAUAUCAUGGAGCUGAUUGACAAAUCAAAGCAAGUGCCUUCUACCAAAGAUAACUUUGAGGAUGAUCUGUCUGUGGAGGAACGAAUUCAAUGUGGCAAAAGGAAAACUAUCAGUGAGGAUAGGGUAUUAAAAGAUUCAGAUAGCAAAAUGACCCAGGAUACUCGAGUAGCUGAAGAAUCUACUGAAAUUGCGAAAAAACUUAAGGUGGACUCAGAAGAGAAAGCUCCAGACAAAAAGGAUGAAACUGAAAUUGAAACAAACAGUAUUGAAGAUUCUGAAACAACAUUGUUGUUAAAAAUCUCUGGGAAAAGGAAAUCCUACGUUGCAAGUGCAGAUCAUUGUCAGAUUCCUGAAUCUCCAGUCAAGAGCUCCUCGAAAAGAAGAUCAAUUCAUGAUGAAAAAUCAAGUGAAUCGUCUAAGGAAGAUGCACUGUCCAGGCUGGAGUCUGUUCAAGCAACAGAAUCUGCUGGGAGUGAAAUCACAUCUGAAGUAACAAAUGAAGAGCAAACUGAAAGUAGUUCUAUUAUUAAUAAUCUUGAAGAGUGUCAGUCAUCAGUGAAUGAGACAUUGAAUAUUACAGAAAGGUCAGAAAUAACAGAGAAGAAGCCUGCUUUGGAGAAUGCAGAGAAUCAACAGCAAAGUAAAGAAGAUCUGAUUAAAAAUCUCCCAGAAACUAACCCAACAGAACCAGUGAAAUCCCCAGUUACAGUUAAGGUAUUAAAAAAACGAGGCAGGAAGAAGAAAAAUCCAGUUGAUAUUCAAACUAAAGUAAUUAAUCAAGAGUUGACACCGGUGAACGUGGAUCAGGUUCCCAGGAGAUCCUUGAGAACAAGUCGGUUCAACGAAGACCCUGAAGAGCGAAACAAGACUUCUAAUGAUGCAAUUAAAUCACAGACUGCAUCCCCAAGUCUGGAACAAUUUAAAGUCCCAGAGGUGACAGAGGUAUUGCAGCUCACCAAGAAGAGAACAUACAAAAGGAGGUCAACGACUGACGAGCACUUGGAUGGUCAAAACAGUUCACCUUCUGUCGAAUCAGAAAUGAGCAGCACAAAAUAUUCAGAAACAAAGAGCCUUAAUGAAAAGGAAGAACAGGCAAGUGUUCAUCAGAAAGAUUUCUUGGAGAGUAAGCAACGUUCUUCCAAAGGUUCUCAUCAGUUGGGUUUGGAAAGAUCAAGCUCUUCAGGUUCCAUUGAUCUAUCUCAGACGAAUAGGAGGAGGUCGUCCAAGAGAAAACAGCUCUCCUCCGAGGAUCUAUCCGGUCAGAAGAACCUGAACCUUCGAGCAGAGAGCGUGGACAACCUGUCGGAGACUUCCUGUACCAGUGAGUCCAGUUACUUCAGGAAGAAACGGUUCACCAAAAGGAAGAAAGAGUUCCAGGAACGUCGAGAGGACCUGCAGACAGACACUUCCAUCACGGACCCUGAAUCCAUGGACGCAGAGAAACCUGCCGACAGAAGACAGAGCCUGAGGAGAAGGGCGAAGGAGAACAUAUCCUUCGAGUAUUCUGCGUUCGACCUCGUCGACUAUUUCGGUAUUCCAAUGGACAUGGAGGAUUCCCCGCAGGAAGACACUGUGGAGAACAGUGUCAGCCAAGAGCCAGAUUCAACCACCGAGGAAUUGGUCCAAGAAACCACCGCGAAUAAUGUUUCUAAUCAAGAACCUGAGGAGGUCAGCACGAACGAGGACAAGUCGACAGAGGACACUAGGAAGUCGGAAGUAGAAGAGGAAGACGAUUCGAAGGGAGAGGAGAAAGCAGACGACAAACUGGAAGAACUUCCUCAGUCUCAAGAUGACUUCCAGACUCCAAAGAAGAGAGCUGCAGGGAACUUCGUGGUUGUCCACAAGAAAACUGGCGAGAUUCUGAUCGUGGAGAAGAGGAAGAAGCUGACGAAAGAGGCUGCCAGGUUCUUCUGCGACGUCUGUGCUACCAGUUUCACCAGGAAGAGCUCUCUGAAGAAGCACAAUCAGUCUCAAUCGCACCUCGUACAAGUAACCAAGUUCAGAAAAGAUAAAACUUUGAUGGAGUGCAAGGAAAACCUGGAAGACACCUGCAGCAUUAGUCAGAAUGAAGUUUCCAGCGAUGAGAACAGGAGUACCACCGAUGAAAUUAAGAAAGAUCAGAAGGAGAACUUCUUGGAUUCCUUGUACGAUCAGACAGACCUGAAGUCUGUGGAAGAUGACGAGUCUAGCUAUACUGGGCCAGCAGAUCAAGAGUUCCUGAUGGAUUCCCAUCAACGUAUCUUAGAGGAUGAACUACUGGACGAGGAGAUCUGCAAGAUCACUGAAAACAUGAGUCACGAUGAGUACGUCCUCACUGACCACGUGAGUCCUGGGCCAGAGUCCACGUCCACGCCCAUCAAGGUGGAGAUCAAGAAGACAGAGGAAGUUGGUAAGAAGAAGAAACACGAGAGGAAGAAGGAGAAGGCUAAGAAGAAGAAUCUGAGCAACGAACAGGUAACACUGGACAGCUCUGAAACGGAGGGACCCAUAGACUCCUCUAUGAUGAAUCUUUUGGAUACAAGUAUGUCUAUGGAAACUUCAAAGCUGAGUGAUAGCGAUUCAGAAUAUUCUUUUUUACUGGCAAACUCACUUGCUUGUACUCUGAACAAAUUUCGAGAGAAAUAUUCACAGAAUGCAGGUAGGACAGAGGAGAGCCAGGAUGGAAAGGAUUUAACAGAAUUGAAAAAGGAUUUAGAACAGCAGCGAACAGGGUAUUCUGAAUCGAACCUUGAUGCAAAAGAUGAAAAUUUGAAUGGUAAAGAUGUUCCUAAAGAAAAUCAUCCUACUGAACGAUUGAGCUUAAAGCUCAUCAUAAAUAAACGUAGCCUAGAAAAUUUUAAGGAACAAGACACUCCCUUGGAUCGUUUAGAUACACUGGCUAAAGAGAAUGAAGAGAAGUCUGAGGAUCCUUUGGAUUCUUUCGGUGAUCCAAUCAAAGAAAUCAAUCAGCUGGAACCUGAAAUUGAUCAGCUCAAUUUGGAUAUGUAUCUUGGAUCGUCGAAACAAGUAGAAAACAGAAGGAGCACAGAAAAUAUUGAAGACUUUGAUACUUUCAAGGUACAGAGCCUUGGAGAAGAUUUGGCUGAUCGAGAACAUUCUAUGGUUACUGAGAAUGAAAGGCAAAAUGAGUCUGUGAAAGAAACGAGGCAUGGGAAAUCGAAGAAAGGUAAGGGGAGAAAGCAUCAGGACGAAAUAGAAAGUUCAGAUGAUACGAGAAGAACGUCCAAAGAUAAAGAUAAUCAAAGUAAGCAGAUAUCAGAGGGCACGAAUGGUCAAAAAUCAACUGACAAUUCUAAGACACUUGAGUAUAACGACGAAAAUCCAGAACUUUUAUUGUAUGACUCGCAGUUAGAAAGCACAGGUAUUAAAGUGAACAAUGUAAUCAGUCCCUCAAAGGUUGAGGCUAAAAAUGAAGAAGAAUCUGAUGAAUUAAAAACAAUUGAAGAUGAAGACAACAGAAAACUUCAGCAUGAAUUAGACUCUUUAGAAAAAGCUGUAUUGAGACACUCAACAGAGGAGCAGCAGCUCAACCAAGUAAACAUUGAUUCUAAAAACAAAAACAGUUCCUUCAAUUCCUUGGAUGAAGAUGAAGACUCGUCGUCGUCUAGCCUGGCAGACAAACCUCUGUCGCAGCUUUUACUGAGAACCAACCUGAAAGUAGACACCGGUAAGAAAUUAUUAAUAGAUUCUGAUGACGAGCUUAGGCCUGUGGAGAAGAAUGCUGAAGAUUCCCCAGACACGAAUACUUCAACUGAUAAUCAGGAGUGUAAUGAUAAGGAGGUGUCUAACAGCGAGCAGAUGGAGCCACAGAUAUCAUCAGAAGAGGAAUGUGAAGCUGAAAUACCAAAGAUGGAAACUGAAGACACCAAAACCUUGUUAGAACCUGAAAACGAGGUUCCAUCGUCGAAGGACGACGAUGAUAAAGAGUCUGACGACAUGGACGAAGAUAACAAUCAGAAAUCGAGUCAAGGUUCUAACGAGAAGGUGUCCAAGGCCCAUAAGCACUCCAGCAAGGAGGGUCAUCGAAGGUCCAAGGGUAAGAAGGCUCAUGCGAGGAGCAAGAUUGCUGCUUUGACCAGUGACAGCGAGGGCAGCGAGGACGAGGACAAAACCGAGUUACAGAACAAGGGUAAAAUAGUGAAGAGUGUCUUCGGCCGAGUUUUUGGCGGUGAGAAGGCGGACAAAGUGAAGGAGGUGCUGAACGACUGGGUCUCCAAGUCGGAGGACGACUCGGACGCUUCAAGAAGUGACUUCAGGUCUACUACUCCCAAUGAAUUGAAUGCUGAAGAAACUUUAGAAGCAAGGAACGAGGAGAAACGGCAUUUAGUUACGUCUGUAUCUUCUACCGUUAAAAAGAAGCCUGGAAGGAAGCCCAAAGACAGUUCCUCAAUCGACAGGACCAAAGAGAAGAACCCAUUGUCUGAAAAUCGAGAGGAACUUCGCGGCAACAGGCAUUCGAAAUCAAGGAACAGCUCGGGUAAUCGUAAAAAGCCUGAAGAGGAGGCUUCUGAUUAUUAUUUCCUUGUGCUACCACCGAACAAGAGUAGGCACAGUAAGAAGAUAGCUGAAGAGAGGAUCUCUAGAGCCUUCGAUGGAGUUAGAAUGUUCGAAGAGUUUCUAGGUGGUGAUCAGAAGGAAGGGAACUAUGGAUUGAGAAGCCAAAGUAAGCCUGACUUGACCAUCAAGGACAGUGGUUACGGUUCCUUCAACUAUGAUGAAGAUUCCUCGAAGAUGGUUUGCUCGGAGGAGCCUCUGGAGGAGGAGCAGAAACUCCUGAAGAAAAGAAAGUCAUUGACGUCUAAGACGAGCAAAAGCAAAACAGAGAGUGAUGAUUGGAAGGACCUGGUAAUGGAAAUGAGGUCGUUGAAGAGCAGUAAGGAACCGACUGAUGAAGAGGACAAUUCUGUCAAGGAUCUUCCUGAACAAGAACCCCUGUCUAGUAGAUUGUCAGCUGACUUGAAAUCUCGCAGCUGCAGCAGCUUAGCUCCCAGCAGUGUGAGGAACAGAUCACCAAGCAUGGACAGGAACUCUCAGAGCACUAGGGACUCCGACGUGGACGAGGAAGAUGAAGAUAUAGGUCGUGGGAGGAUAUCUCCAUUGUUCAUUCGUGAGACACCUGGUAGCUCAAUAGAAAGCAGUUCUAACAGUGAGAACGAAGAGGAUGAUGAAAAUGUCCUUGGUAAUGAGAGUGCGGUGAGGAAGAGAAGCUCCAGUGAAUUUUCUGGGGAGAAGAUUGUGAUCAGAUCACCCUCUUCCACUCACAAAGGUGAAGUGGUCACCAUAGCACCCACUGAUGCCAUUGAGGACAACGCUUUGGAUGUUCCCCAGGAAAUAGAGACUGCGAAGCCCAGGCAGGGCAAGGUUUUGAAUUUUGACGAAGAACUGUUCGUUGAGUGCUGCUCCAGGUUGAAGGCUACCACUGAGAACGAGCUCAGAGGUGCUAAGAAGAUUAAAUUGGAUCACAACGAAGGUUACCACAGGAAGGAUGAACAGCAGCAAGGGCUCAGAGGGCCUAGAGAUAGAUGGAGAGAUGUUGAGAGUCAAAAUAGUCUGGGGAGUCUGCUAGAAUCCGUGAAUCAGUUGUUGGGGGAAGAGAUGUACAGCACCAGGGAAAGGGAUUACCCCAAGCGAAGUGGUAGAAACCUGAGAAGCGAGCACUCAAGUAGAUCAGCCAGCCCAGACAUGUCCAGGGCUGACAAUCUGGGCUACGAAGACAGUCUGGAUGUUGCAUUUGAACACAACAACAAGCUCAGGGAUAAAAUUCAACAACGUAUGAGGGAGAGUGAAAAUCUGAUUGCCAGCACCUUUGGGAAAAGCAGUAACGAUAGUGCACAUCAUAACAAAAAUAAUGAACAAGAUCUGAGAAAUUCCUACUCUCACUUGCAAGAUCAAGGACAAGUAUCUGGUGCCAGUCUAUCUAAUAGAAGCUAUAGUGAUGCUGUGCACAUUAGAAAUCUACAGGAACAGCAGAAUGCUGCAAAAAUGCAUUUGGACUCUGGAUUUAAGAAUAAGAUGAACUCCUCAUUGGGUGGUUUAUUGGACAAAGCCUUAUCAAAUUUGCUGCACAGCAAUGGGAAACAUGAUCACAAUGGGUCCACGCCAAUGAAGGUUCUAGCAGAGCUAGCAUGUGCCCGAGCACCAACAUCCACAACUGGGCUGCCAAUAUCUCAAGAAUUGGUCCAACCUGCAAAGACCUCACCAAAUAAGGAAUCAAUUCCCGACCCCUGUCCUGUGACUGUACCAAAAGACAUUCAGAAGAAGCCUAGGAACCCUAUAAAGGAACUUUUUGAAAGGAAGAAGGAAAUGAACGAAAGGAAGCAGCAGGAGAAAUCAAAGACAGAGGCUGCUCUUCGAGAACUGAACGUUCAUCGACAACGUAAGACGAAGAAGAUGAAAAAGCAUCAGGAAUUUCCUCUGAUUCGUCGUGGUGAACACGGCGGAGGGUUAGGCGAGAGAAAGAAACGUCGCGAUGGCUUCGAAAGGAAAGAAGAAUUCGUUUCAGACAGGAUAAAGGACGUUUACGACUUCGACGAAGAGGAGAGUCAGAUAGAGCCGAAUCUGGGCAGUGUGAUGUCUUAUAGAAGCAGGCCAGGAUACGAAGUCAGCUGCCUGAGGACUAAAGAGGUCGACGUGGCAGGAUUAAUGUCCAAGGCCAUCGGUGAGAGUUUAGAGAAUGGAAAAACUGGGGAUGCAUUGAGCAGUAGAUUGGAGUCUAUGAUAGACAGGAAGUUCAAGGAACUAGAAAAGUUUGCCCCGAAGACUAAGGGUGCUUUGAAGUCUUUCCAGAGCGAGGAUCAACGACAGAUCACUGGACCAAUGGACGAGUUUGUCGAGAGGAAGCAAUUGAAGUCUAAACGUCCAGUGGAGCAAUCUCUGAAACAUUCGAAGCUGAAGAAACGUAAUAAGAAUCCUAAGAAGAAGACUAGGAACGCCUGGUACGAGAACGACAGCUCUGAUGAAUAUAGAACGACUGCUGUGAAACCAGAGGACAUUGGUGUAGGGAUCUCGAAGAGCCAGAGAACCUGCUCCAAAGGAAAACAGAACAUCUUUGCUGAACUGUACACCUCAUCGGAGAGCGAAUUCGAACACGAAGGGGUAAAUUAUGAAUCGAAGAAGCAGCGAAGAGCGAAGAAGGUUGCUAAGAAAGUUGCAGAAUCGGAGAAUCUCAAACAGAAUCAGGAAUCGGUUAACAAAUAUUCUUCUGAGAACGAGGAUCGUGAAAACGAUGAUUGGAGGGAUCAGGAUUUGAAGGACGACCCCAAGCACGAGUCUGAUCACAAGAAAUCUGAAUCAGAAAUGUCGGACCAUCCUCUGGUGAUCGACGAGCGAAAGGACGUGGAGGAUCAGAGAAACAGCGACGAAGAAACUGAGACCCAAUACGAGAGAAAUUACGAAAUGGACGAUUUGUAUAGGGAAGACAGUUCCAUCGUCGAUUCGGACGUCGAAGACUCGGUUACCACAGAAGCUCAGAACGUCCCAGAUGAAUCCAGAGUGAAAAAUUCAAAUUCAUUGCAAGAGAAGAUUAACGGCAAGACAAACUGUAUACGAGAUGAAUUGAUCCCACUGGAAGAAGCUUUGGAUAUGUUGGACCAGGCUGAUAACGAAGCUUCAGAAGCAAAUUACAAUAACGUCGAUAGAAACGUGACUUUAGAAGAUGGUGAUCCAGUGGUAACAGCAGAACCAGAUGUCAGCGAGACGUAUAAUCCUGUCGAGGAAUCAACAGUGAAGUCUCCUAGUCUUCUAGAGGAACAGGACCAGGAAUUGGAGCAGGAAGAGGAACCUGACAACGACCUUCUCUCCCUACCAGAAAAGCUGUCCAGCAAUGAGAAGCCUCAGAAAGAGUCUGACAAUCUUCCUCUUCACGUGUUUCUCAGUAGGAAGGUGCAGGAGUCGAAGAAACGAAAGGAACAGCAGCUGAAGAAAAUGCAGGAGGAGCAAGAGAGGAUCCUUAUGGAUUUUCAACCGACCAGAAGGCAAAGGAAGUGCGCCAUUGGGAAGCAAGGGCUGUUAGCAGAGAUCAGUAGCUCGGACGAAGAAAUAAGUCCCAGGGACAGGAGGAGCAACGAUAAAUUCGAUCACGAUAAGCCACGUAAACAGAAACGAGAGUCGAAAGAGAAAAGGAAGGAGAGGUACAUUGAGAAGAAGCAUGAACAAAUGAUAGCCAAGGAGCAGAAGGCUAUAGAGGAGGAGAUCUUAAGAGAGGUUGGCAAGAAGAAGGAUUCUCUUGCUCUGAAUACUCAGAACUGCAAAUCGGAUCUCAGCGACGCUCAUGACCCAGAGAAGCCGGAAUCAAUGGAAGAUAAAAUUGAUCAGGAAGUAACGCAGAAGAAGAAACAUCAGACAAAGGAGAAACAGAAGAAACAAAGCAAAGUAGAUGAAGAAAUAAAUGUGAAACAUAAUAACGAAGGCUUGGAUGAUCCAGAGGGUAAUUGUAAUAAAUCUAUAUUGGCAGAGAGCAACCAUGAAGACGCGAACAAUCAAGAAUCUCCUAUAAAACAGAAAAGGCACUCCAAGUCUCCGACGAAACCAAAGAGGACUUCUAAAGGGGACGCGAAGGUUGGAAGUAAAAGGAAUAGAAACGCAAACUCUGACAAGUCGAGGAACCGGACAGACUCCAAAGGAUCCAGGGACAAGGAACGUAGAUCGUCUAAUGGGAAACACGAUUCCGAUGAUGAAGAAUUAAAGACAACGAAAUCGUGGAACAAAGUUGAAGAAGGUGUGGGGGUGGCCAUUGGCCGACGAAAACGCGCUGCUGCCAACCAGUUGUAUUACUGGUCCAGCUCCAGCGACGAAGAAGAGAUGCUUGAAGUGGUCCCUGUGGUCGAGGAAGAGGAGGACGACCGCCAGGAACAACACGGCUGGAUCGUUGGCGAUUCCCAUAAGAGAAUGAUCACCAUGCUCGCAAUGGAGAAGCAGCUGAAGGAGAAACGACGAAGAAGCGAGGACGAAUUCGAACCCGGCAGAGCAAAGAGCAAAAAGCAUAGAAACAGCACCUCUUGAUACGUAUUUCAUGACUAGUGAUUAGGAACACAAGGAAUAUACAGUUCCUUUUUCCAAGUCAGAAGAAGUAGUUGAUGAUUAAUGCUAAGAACUGCGAUUCUUAACCAAGUGUAUUUUAUAAGCGAGUUCAUGAACAGGAAACAUGAUACUUAGAGGAAACGUAGAAGAAAAUGGAUGGAGGAGAACAAACGAAGUAAACUGAAAAGUUCAGCAGCAACUUUUUAUACGUAUAUCAUGACUGGGUUUUCUUUUUUCUAAAAUCAGGACUGGGAUUUCUUAAUGCACGCAAUGAAAAGAUUAGAAGACUUUUGUAAGCGAAUGUAGCAUAACUGGAUCUUUUGAUACUAGUCUUAGACUCAUGGAAACAGACGAAGGAAUUAGGUUCAAUAAUGUAGCUAAACGAAUGCUGUUCCUUCCCAUGGAUAGUAAUAUAAGUCUGAACCAGCAGUUUUUUGCUGAAGGGACAGCAACAAAGGAAUAGUUUAUAUAACUACUUGGUCUGAUGAAACAGAAGCAGAGUACGAUGAAAAUUUUGUGUUUAAGAAAUUAGUCGGAUGACUAUGUUGCGUAGUGAUCAGAACUGAUUGGUUCAAUAUUUUCCUUUGUGUUCUUUUCUGAGGUAUACACAUGAGACAAUGCAGUUGUGAUUGCACUACUGUGGGAAUUUAGUUUAUUGAUUCUUAUUUUGAAUUUCUUUAAAAUGUGGCGUUAUUCAAACGACUAAUGUAACUGCCAGAAUAAAUUCAAAAUUUAUUUUAUAGGUUUUUAAUGGAACGUUCAAGGUGUGUGUCGAAUUUUGAAGUGACAAAGAACGUGUUGUGAUCAAGUUAUAUAAAAAGAAAAAUGGCAAAAAACCAUGUACAUAGCAGCUUGGCAUUAUACAGAAAAAAAAGGCUAGCUCGUGUAACGUUAAGGAUAUAAUAAUUCCAAGCCCUUAUAAAUACUAUAAAUAUAUUCUAUCUUAGACUGAAUGUGAGGAAUAGUGGACAUAAACAAAUAUAAAAAACAGUGUAUGAAAAAAGAGCACCUUUAGACAAUACUAGGACAUUUAAUACGUUUUAUUUAACGUAGUGGAUCUUUAGGUGACUUUAAACAAAAAAAAUGAAGAAAAAAAAGAAAAAAAAAGUACUGUGUAAAAUGAAAGAUGAAAACAGCUAAUUUAGUUUUUUGUGAAAGGACGAUGUAAAAUGGGGUCCAAUCGAGUAGCGUGCUUUCGCCGGCUUUUUGUGAUUCGUACAUAUCGCGAUAAUCUAACAAACAAAUUGCCGGUCGUUUUUUUUUUUUUUUUUCGUAAUCCGGCAGGUUUUACAGAGAAAUUUAUUCUGAGCUAAAAAUCAUCCACCUUCGAUACGUCGUGUUAGCACAUUUAGUCGUACAGCGUAUAAUGAAAUCAAUUUUUUCGUUAAAUGCGUUUGAAUUUUCCUAGAUCUCAUGUCAUGGCGUCAGCCACGUAUUUAAGAAUGAAGCUUGUAAUGAUAAAAAAGAAAAGAAAUGCGAGGAACGAUAGGAAACUUUUCCUUUCUUACGCUUAGUUGAUGCACAUAAUUCUAAGUAGAUUUUCAUUUAUAUAUAUUAUAAAUAAAUGAGUAUAUAUAUAAAUAUGAACAGAAAUAUGAGAAAAUAAAUUGAAUGUAUAACAUGAAACGAUAAAAAAAAACGCUGUAUAAGGAAAUAGACUUUAAUGUAAAUGUACUGCCAUAAUCAUAUUAUAUAUGAGAGCCUAUGCGAAUAGUUAUAUUAAUAUUAAUUCCUGUAAAAAAAAUGAACAACCAGAAUGACAGCGAUAACAAGAUAGUUAGCACAAAACUAGGCAACAAUCCAAUGUAAAUAGAGCAUAUUUUCAAUGUGUCUGGAAAAGUAUGUUUUGUAAUAUAAGGAUUACAAAGGAAAAUAAAAUUAUUAAAGAAUCA